AUGUCAAAAAUAAUGAGACGAAAUACAUACGAAAAUACUUCAUACGAAUUUAACAACUCAAGGGAAGUCAAUUAUAAAAAAAAAAUCCUCGAACGCAGCAUCGGUAAUAUUUAUCCGGGAGUAGAAUUUAAUUUUUACAUGGAUCCGGAAGCUGCAUUUAUCGUUUUUAAAGAAGCGGAAAGAGUUAAUAAAAUAAUUAAUUUGGUCACGUGGGAAACCGUUUUCAAAAGGACCAACAUAAGCACGGAAUGGAGGAAAAACGUAUUGGGAAUGAUAUCGACACCCAUGAUCGAUUUAAUAAACAAAGCAGAAAGUAAGCAUUUAAUUUAUGAAAAAUGGUCGUCGGCCGAUUGCAUUCUAUCAUCCGUCGUUAUAGAUUCUAAAUUAAUCAAAUCCGAAGUUUACGAUCAUUUGGAUGUGGAAACGUGUGGAAAUCACGCGAGAGGUUCGAUAUUUUUAAAUCACGAUUUUAUUAAAAAUUUAACGUCUAACUGCAAAGGUUUCGAAGAGGAAAUGGAUAUUGUUUGUAUAAAACAAAAGAGAAAAUAUAAAAGGUGA